AUGGACGCGCGCGAUUUCCACUUCGUGAUGAUAAAGCCUACUCACUACGACGACGACGGCUAUCCGAUCCAGUGGCUUCGAUCAGCCAUUCCAUCAAACACACUCGCCAGUCUGAAUGGUCUGGCAGAAGCUGCCCGCGAUCGCAAUGCGCUCGGAGAACACGUUCGCAUACACCUUCAUACCUAUGACGAAACCAACAAGCGGGUGCGCCCCGAAAAGAUCGCGCGGGACAUCAAACAGCAAGGCGGAAAGGCCCUGAUCGCACUUGUUGGCGUUCAAUCCAAUCAGUUUCCGCGUGCAACGGACCUUGCCCGGAGGUUCCUGAAGGAAGGACUGCAGACCGCCAUUGGCGGGUUUCAUGUCUCCGGCUGCAUUUCGAUGCUCGACGACAUGCCGGACGAAAUGGUCGAACUGCAGGCAGAAGGCGUCAGCUACUUUGCCGGCGAGGCCGAGGACCGUCGUCUCGACCAGUUCUUCCGCGACGCCUGGAACGGUGAUCUGAAACCGCUCUACAACUUCAUGGCUGACCUGCCGUCGCUCGAAGGCGAACCGACCCCGAUCCUGCCGUCCAAGCACAUUCAAUUCACCGCGGGAUCACAUUCCAGUUUCGAUCUGGGACGCGGCUGCCCGUUUCAGUGUUCCUUUUGCACCAUCAUCAACGUACAGGGCCGCAAGAGCCGGUUCCGCUCCGCCGACGACCUGGAGCAGAUCAUCCGUGACAACUACGAACAGGGCAUCAACCGCUUUUUCAUCACCGACGACAAUUUUGCUCGCAACAGGGAAUGGGAACCGCUUUUCGACCGUCUGAUUUCCUUGCGCGAGAAAGAAAAAUUCGACAUCAAGUUCAUCAUCCAGGUGGAUACGCUCUGCCACCGGAUCGAGAAUUUCAUCGAAAAAGCCACGCGCGCAGGGGUGAACCGCGUAUUCAUCGGUCUGGAGAACAUCAAUCCCGACAAUCUGCUGGCGGCAAAGAAGCGCCAGAACAAGAUCACCGAAUAUCGGGAAAUGCUGCAAAAGUGGCGGGCAAAUGGCGCGACCACCUAUGCCGGUUACAUCAUCGGUUUUCCGGGAGAUACCAAGGAAUCGGUUCUGCGGGACGUUGAAAUCAUCAAGAACGAAUUGCCGCUCGAUCUUCUGGAGUUUUUCUACCUGACACCGCUGCCUGGGUCGGAGGACCACAAGGUUCUGCUGUCCAAGGGAAGCUGGAUGGACCCGGAUCUCAACAAGUACGAUCUCAAUCACCGGGUUGCACACCAUCCAAAAAUGACUGAUGCGGAGUGGGAAGAAGCUUACCAGGAAGCCUGGGAAAGCUACUAUUCUGAUACCCAUGUCGAAACCGUGCUGCGAAGGGCAGCAUCGCACAGGAAAGGCCGGCCCGGUAACAAGCUGUUUCUCAUGAUGUGGUUCAAGCUGAUGAUCCAGUGCGAAGGUGUUCAUCCCCUGGAGGGCGGCUAUUUCCGCCUGAAAUUCCGCAAGGAUCGCCGCAGCAACCUGCCGGUCGAAAGUGCCCUGUCAUUCUAUCCGGGCUAUUUAUGGGAGAUUGUCGCCAAACAUUGGGCCUAUGUCUCGUCGACCUUGCGGGUUUACCGGAUUUAUCGAAAGGUCAAGUCUUCGCCGGAGCGGCAUAGCUAUUCGGAUAUUGCCAUCGAGGAGAUCGAGAAGGACGGCGAGGAAGCUCUUGCCAUGAUCCAGGAAACGCGAGGCGGUGUCGAGGCGGUUGCAAAGACGGCGCGCGAUGCAUCGAUCGUCAAGGCAGCCAAGGAAAGGGCCGUGGCCUCAUAG